UUUUCUUUUUUAACGCGGAGUCGCGCUCAGGUUGCUGUGCGGAGGUGAACGAGCAGCGGGGGGUUCAUUAUGGCACCGCUCGGAUUAAAAGCCAUUGUGGGAGAAAAAAUAAUGAACGAUGUCAUCAAGAAGGCCAGAGAAAAAGGAAAAUGGAAGGUGCUGGUGGUGGAUAAGCUGAGCAUGAGGAUGAUUUCCUCCUGCUGUAAGAUGACAGACAUCAUGUCUGAGGGAAUCACUAUCGUAGAAGACAUCACAAAGCGGCGCGAGCCUCUGCCCAGCAUGGAGGCCAUCUACCUGAUCACACCGUCAGAUGAGUCUGUGGAGGGUCUGAUUGACGACUUCAGAGACCCUCAGUCUCCAAGAUACAGAGCAGCCCACGUUUUCUUCACCGACACCAUCCCAGACUCUUUGUUUGGACUGUUGACCAAAUCCCGCGCCUCCAAAGCCAUGAAGGCCUUGACCGAGAUCCACAUCGCCUUCCUGCCCUAUGAAUCUCAGGUCUUCUCCCUGGAUAAAGUGGAUGCCUUUCAGGACUUCUACAGCCCCUUCAAGGCUGACGUGAAGAACAACAUGUUGGAGCGCUGCGCCGAGCAGAUCGCCACCCUGUGUGCCACGCUCAAAGAGUAUCCGGGGGUUCGAUACCGAGGGGAGUACAAAGACUGUGCGGUUCUGGCCCAGAUGCUUCAGGAAAAGCUGGAUGGCUACAAGGCUGAUGAUCCCACCAUGGGAGAGGGUCCAGACAAGAGUCGCUCUCAGCUCCUCAUUUUGGAUCGUGGCUUUGACCCCGUGUCGCCUCUCCUGCAUGAGCUCACCCUGCAGGCCAUGGCCUACGACCUGCUGGGCAUCGAGAACGACGUCUACAGUUUUGAGACCAGCGGGAUGGGAGAAACCAGGACGAAGGAGGUCCUGCUGGACGAGGACGACGACCUUUGGCUGUCUCUCAGGCACAAACACAUUGCUGAGGUGUCCAACGCAGUGACUCGCUCGCUCAAAGACUUUUCCGCCAGCAAGAAGAUGAACACCGGAGAAAAGACCACCAUGAAGGAGCUGUCUCAGAUGCUGAAGAAGAUGCCUCAGUAUCAGAAGGAGCUCAGCAAGUAUUCGACUCACCUGCACCUGGCUGAGGACUGUAUGAACCGCUACCAGGGCACUGUGGACAAACUCUGCCGUGUGGAACAGGAUCUGGCCAUGGGAAUGGAUGCCGAGGGUGAGAAAAUCAAGGAUCCCAUGAGACUCAUCGUACCCAUCCUGCUGGACGCCAAUGUCAGCGUGAACGACAAGAUCCGCAUCAUCCUGCUCUACAUCUUCCUCAAAAACGGGGUGACCGAGGAGAACCUGUGUAAGCUCCUCCAGCACGCCAACAUCCCCCCUGAAGACAGCGACAUCAUUUCCAACAUGGCCCACAUGGGCGUUCCCAUCGUCUCCGAGGGAACGGCCAAGAAAGCCAAGAAGCCCGACCGUAAGGAGCGGAUCAGUGAGCAGACCUACCAGCUGUCCAGAUGGACUCCGCUCGUCAAGGAUCUGAUCGAGGACGCCAUCGAGGACAAACUUGACCCUAAGCAGUACCCGUACAUUUCCCAGAGACAAGUGUCUGCCAAAGCCAGCGCUCCAUCAAGCAGUGCUCGCUACGGUAACUGGCACAAGAACAGGGGCCCCACGGAGAUGAAGACGGGCCCUCGGAUCAUCGUCUUCGUCAUCGGAGGCAUGACGUACAGCGAGAUGCGCUGCGUCUACGAGGUCACACAGGCCAACGGCAAGUGGGAGGCGCUGAUCGGUUCCACACAUAUCCAAACCCCCCCUAAGUACCUAAAGGAACUUCAGCACCCAGACUUCCUGGACCCCAACGCCCUCCCAGAGGGCAGCGAGGAGCCGCCUGCAGAGUGAAGACAAGAUCCACUGAAAUCUUCACCCCUUCUCGCCUUCUGAAGACCCUCAAAGACUUGGAGAAAGAAGAGCGGACCGGUUAAGAAGACGCUCCUGUUGUCGUGCUCCCUCCUCCUCCUCCUCCUCCUCCUCCUC